AUGGCCAUACCCAGGUUUAAGCCUGGGGUGCCGGCCACGUUGUGCAAAAGUUACAGAGGUACUAUACAACCAUUUCCGACGAUAAAUAUUCAGAUUGUAGGAAACUGCAUUGGGAUGCAAAACGUCAAGGACAUCGAAAUCGAUCAUUUAGGCCACUUGUGGGUGUUGGACGUGGGCAUGGUUUACGAUCUAGAAAAACCCAAUUACACCUGCGAUCCAAAAUUGCUUAUACUGGACAUCGGUACGGGCAGAAUAAUACGAUCGGCGGUGAUACCGAGCGGUAUGUAUACAAUCCAAAGCGUACUCAGUGGUAUUUCGAUUGACUUGAAAUCACUCACCGCCGUAAUAGCUGAUAUAGGUCCAAAUUCUGGGUUUAUUGUUUAUAACUAUGAUCUGGGAUAUUUUCAAAAAUUUCACUGUAAAAUAUUGUCCAGCGUUAAGGACUACAACGAAGCAAUUUUAACGAUAUCUCCGAUCGAUAAUAUGUUAUACUUCACUACCAUAGAAAUGGACAGUUUAUUCACAAUUCCGUUGAGCGUAUUCGAUGCGCCGUUCCUCAAUGACAUAAGUCACUACGUUAACAACCAUGGACUGAAAACGGACGUAUCGACUGCCAUGAUCAUGGAUACGACCGGGAACCUGUAUCUAGGCAUGACUAGGAAAGUAAUCGCCUGGAACACAUUAAAAAAUAAUUUCGACGUCAAAGACUUGUACAUACAAGAAGUGAGACUCGAUUGGAUUUCAAGUUUUGCAUUUGAUUCGAACGGAUAUUUGUGGAUCAUUUCUUCAGCGUUCAGUGAUUUCUUAGAUGGAUCAAGUUCGAAAAGGAUGAAUAUUAAAAUAUUUAAAAGGUUUUGUGGUACAACAGCCUUCGCACUUCAAAAUGUACAAAUGUCUGUAAACGACACUCUCCCCAUUAACCAUAACUCUGUCGAUACCAAAACUGCUUCUUCUAUUUGUAUUUUAACUUUAAUUAUAUUAUUGCAAAUUUUAUUGUAA